UUAAAGAUGGCGAAAACACAGCAUGGGAAAUCAGAUGUCCCGAAGGGGAAACCAAAAAGUAAGAAAAUGGCAGAGAAUAUUCAUUUAGGGGUAGCAUCGAGCGAAGACGACGAUGACGAAGCCCCAGAAGAAGUGACAUUUGAAGAUUCGAAAGCGAUCGCUUUACGGAGCAUGAAAGAGGCUAUCGAGACUGCGAGAAGAGAGAAGGAAUUGCUUAAGGAAAAACGAAGAAAAAGGCAGGAACUGUUCCAAGAACAAAAGAAAAGAAGACUUCUCCCAGACGAUAUCCUGGAGGAAAUCGAUUCAGCAGUUCCGAAAAAACCGAAGGCAUCCAAGGUUCAAGCUGAAAAAGAAGGGACCCAGGAGGAAGCAAGCUCCUCAGGGGUGGAGGAGAGCGAGAAAUCGGAUGCAGAAGAGGAGGAAGUGGAGCAGAAACAGAAGAAAAAGAAAAAGAGGAGGAAUAGACAGAGCUUGAAGGGGAACUACAGUGUGACGAGGGUGAAGGACCAGUCUCUGGCCAGUAAGCAGAAGCAGAAUGCCCUCGAUUUUAUUCAGUCCCAUCUCUACGGCGCGGGGAGCAACAGAACCACAAACAACCAUCUCCUUUCCUUGCAAAACAAAAGGGCGCAGAAGAAGAGUGCCGCACCGCAGUUUGUGGACAAGCAGUGGGGCACUGAGAAGAAGAUGAAGGCAGAGAAGUUUAAGAAGAGGUGGCAGAACCAGCAGAAGGUGGAGACAAGUUGAGGCCAGGAUAGGUGGUGUGGGUGGGGACAGAGCUGGAGAGCUCCUCCAAUCAUCUUUUCCUUCACCUAAACUGGACUUUGAAGCUACUGUUCCACUCCAGCCCAACACUGCCCUCUACAUGGAGACUGUCAGAUGGAGGCAAAGAAUGGCUGUUACCAAUCCUUUGUUCAAAUGCAGCUAUAUGCUACAGAUGGAAAAAGAUUAUGGUUGCAUUGAGUCGAUGGUCAGAGAUGUUGUGCUUUGUCUUUUUUUUAAGGUGAGAAGUAGCCAAAUUAGUUUUCCUUAAGCCGUAUUGGUUUAUAUUACA